CUCCAACCGCACUCACGUUAGAGAUGAGAAACUUCAACUAUGUUCAAAAUUUCAAGCCGCCCUCAUGCUAUAAUCAACUCUCCUAGUUCUAGUAUCUUUUGCGUUUCCACAUUCCUCUUACUACAACACUGACUCACAGACCAAACCAAAAUCACCACCACCACCACCUCUUAGCAUUCAUUCUGGCCAUGUUAUCCAACCAGUUUUUCCAGCUGAGGCUAGUUUUAUUGCUUCUCUUUCUAUCCUUUCUCAGCCUGAUAUCAUUCUCCAAAUCCAGUGAGCUUAAUUCACUUCUUCAAUUCAAGUCUGCUGUCCAGAACCCAGAUACCAAUCAUGUUUUCAGUUCAUGGGCACAAGCUAACUCCUUAUGCAAUUUCACUGGGAUUGCAUGCAACUCCAAUGGACUUGUCAGAGAAAUCAAUCUCCCCCAGCAAAAUCUACAUGGGAUUCUCCCAUUUGAUGCAAUAUGCUCGCUUCAGUCUCUUGACAAACUCUCUCUGGCGUCCAAUUUUUUGUACGGUACCAUCACUGAUGACUUGAAGAAUUGUACUAGUUUGCAACACUUGGAUAUGGGUUGGAAUAAAUUUUCUGGGAAAGUCCCAGACUUGUCUCCUUUGGGCAAACUAGAGUUCUUGAAUUUGAACAACAGCGGGUUUUCUGGGCCAUUUCCAUGGAGAUCAUUGGAAAAUCUUACGAGUCUCACUUUCUUAAGCCUUGGUGACAAUUUCUUUGAACCAAAUGCUUUCCCUGUGGAAGUCUUUAAGCUUGAGAAAUUGUACUGGCUUUACCUCUCAAACUGCAGCCUUACAGGGCAAAUUCCAGAGGGUCUAGGAAACCUUACUCAGCUCAUAAAUCUUGAGCUUUCUUGUAACCAAUUCACUGGUGAAAUCCCAGCUGAUAUUGGAAAACUCAAGAACCUUCGGCAACUUGAGCUUUACUCAAAUUCAUUGACAGGGAAGCUCCCAGUUGGAUUUGGAAAUCUCACUAGUCUUGCAAACCUUGAUAUGAGUCGUAAUAAACUCCAAGGCACUAUUUCUGAGGUGAGAUUCUUGACAAACCUUGUUUCUUUACAUCUCUAUGAGAACCAGUUCACAGGGGAGGUACCUGAAGAGCUCGGGGAGUUCAAGAACCUCAGUAAUUUUUCAGUCUACAGGAACAAGUUCACUGGUCCUUUACCUCAAAAGCUUGGUUCUUUGGGGGACUUUCUUUACAUUGAUGUUGCAGAGAAUUUUUUGACUGGCCCGAUACCUCCUGAUAUGUGCAAGAAUGGUAUAAUGAUUGUCCUGAUUGUGUUGCAGAACAGGUUCACUGGUGGAAUCCCAGAAAGGUAUGCUAAUUGCUUGUCUUUGACACGUGUAAGAUUAAAUAACAAUUCUCUUUCGGGUGUUGUUCCGGCUGGGAUAUGGGGCUUGCCAAACUUAUCCAUAUUUGAUCUUUCUAUAAAUCAAUUUGAAGGUCCUGUGGCAUCUAAUGUAGGAAAUGCUAAAUCUCUUGCACAAUUAUUUCUAAAUAACAAUCACUUCUCUGGUGAAUUACCGUUGGCAAUUUCCAAAGCUUCAUCAUUAGUAUCAAUAAAGCUGAGUUCAAAUCAAUUUUCGGGUCAAAUCCCAGAAACAAUUAGUGGAUUGAAGACACUAAGCAAUAUUUAUUUAGAUGAAAACAUGUUCUCUGGUUAUAUACCGGACUCAUUAGGCUCAUGUGUUUCCCUCAGUCAAAUAAACCUGUCUGGCAAUAAACUUUCAGGCAACAUUCCAGCAAGUCUUGGACAUUUGCCUACUCUCAAUUCCUUGAACUUAUCCAAUAAUGAACUUUCUGGUCAAAUUCCUACCAGUUUGUCAUCACUGACAUUAAGCCAUCUUGACCUAUCAAACAACCAGUUGAUUGGCCAAAUUCCCAACUUUUUCUCCAUCCAAGCCUUCAGUACCAGCUUUAAUGGAAAUCCAGGCUUAUGUAGUCAGAAUUUGAAGCAUUUCCAGCCAUGUUCAUCAGGGUCCAGCACACGGAGCCAACUCGGGACACUGGUAUCCUGUUUAAUUGCUGGAGCUGUGAUUCUGCUUCUUGUACUAGCAUGUUGCCUAUGUGUCAAACUAAGACAUAACAAUCUUGAUAGUCCAUUGAAGCCUAAUUCUUGGGAUAUGAAGCCUUAUCACAUACUUAACUUCACAGAGAAAGAUAUCCUUGAUGGCAUCAAAAAUGAUAAUCAGAUUGGAAAAGGAGGGUCAGGGAAUGUGUACAGGGUUGAAUUAACUGAUGGUAAAGAACUUGCUGUAAAGCACAUUUGGAUAUCAGAUUCGGGUGAAUAUGAGGCUGAGGUGGCCACAUUGAGCUCUGUGAGGCACGUCAAUGUGGUGAAGCUAUACUGUAGUAUCACAAGUGAGGACAGUAGUCUUCUGGUAUAUGAGUACUUGCCCAAUGGGAGCUUGUGGGAUCGGCUGCACAAUUCUAGUGGGAAGAUGGAGAUGGGCUGGGAGGUGAGGUAUGAGAUUGCAUUGGGGGCUGCUAGGGGAUUGGAGUAUCUGCACCAUGGGUGUGAUAGACCAGUGAUACACCGUGAUGUGAAAUCCAGCAAUAUUUUGCUGGAUGGGGAUUGGAAGCCAAGGAUUGCUGAUUUUGGGUUAGCUAAGAUUGUGCAGGCUAAUGGAGGGGACUGGACCCAUGCCAUUGCUGGUACACUUGGAUACAUGGCUCCUGAAUAUGCAUAUACAUACAAGGUAAAUGAGAAGAGUGAUGUCUACAGCUUUGGGGUAGUCCUAUUGGAGCUGGUCAUGGGAAAGAGGCCAAUUGAGCUUGAGUUUGGAGAAAACAAGGACAUUGUCUGCUGGGUAUGCAGCAAAAUCAGUAAUAAAGAGAGUGUGCUUGACUUAGUAGACUCAACCAUCUCUGAAGCCCUCAAGGAAGAUGCAAUCAAGGUGAUGAGAAUAGCAAUCCACUGCACGUCAAAACUUCCAAGUCUAAGGCCCUCCAUGAGAAUGGUAGUUCAGAUGCUAAAAGAGGCUGAGCCUUGUAAACUUACCUAACAUUAUUGUCAACAAAGAAUGCCAAAAUGGUUCAAAUGAGAGUCUGAAGAAUACUGGCAAGAUUGGAGCUCUUGAAUUUGAAAGUAAAAUUUAAUGAAAGCUAGGCCUUGGAGCAAUGGUCUAGUACAUUGGACAUCAUCUUGUUUGAGUCCAAAUAGAUUUAUGAGCUUAAACUAGGUAGGAAAUUCAUAGUAGAAAGGGAAAUUAUCAUUUUGAUCUCUGCUCGUAAGGAACAGAGGUACAUAUUUUCAUUGUAUUGUAUAUGCAAUAGUCAUCCUCGCAUUAAGCAAGUUACAUCAUGAAGGUUUUUUUUUUUUUUUUUUUUUUUUUUUUUUUUUU